GCGCCUCGACAGGACAACUUGAGACGGCCCUCUUGCCCAAUCAAACAUCCUUUCUUCUUCCCUCUCUCACUUGACCUAUAUAGAGUGCACUACCGAGAGCAUCUUUUCCAUCGCCUCUCCCCCCGCUCGUCGUCGUCCGCCAGAAGUAGUAACUAUCCCAUCCUCGAACCUCGUACACGCAGAUCCUGUCGUUUGGCGACCCAAGCUCCCCUCCAAACGUUGACUCCGAAGUCUGCAACAUCGACUUCUACUGCGACGGUAGCUUCGCAGCUAUCCACAGUAUAGAAAGACGAUGUCGGACUCACUCGCCCCAGCUCUUGGGAUCUCAACCUUAUCGGUCACCGACACCGGUCGCGUGCUCACAGGGAAGCAGGAGCACUACCUCAAGCGCGAACUCAUCUCGCGGCAGUCGCAAUUCGAGAUCAGCGAGCUUAACUCUCCUACCGCCCUCCAGCGUUUCGGCGCACCGUUCCAGAGUCCCCUCGGCGAGGUAGCGCCGGUCGAUAGCGAGCUUCCCAUCCUCCGAUAUAUCUUCGUGAACCAUUUGCGGAACUUUCCGUUCCUCGACAAAGCGAAGGAGAAGGAAUUCUGGCAGGACCGACUGCAAGUGUUUCUGGAGUCGUUCGCGCUGAAACGUAUCUCAUCCUCCGAAGACCGACUCGAAGAGACGAAGCGACGCAAGCUGGCGCUGAAAUGUCAGAAAAUCGUCGAGCUGAUGAUGAAUUCGGGGAUCCCCACGGCCUCCGGAUACGAGGAGAGAGUUACCUUCGAUGAGAUCGAGGCUGCAGGCGGCGCCGAUAGGAAUGCGCAGGAGAGUGCUCUACUGGCGAACGCGCCUGAAGGUCAUUGGAUCAACGGAUGGGAUGUGAAUGUGGCAUGCGUGCGCCAAACCAGCAUCAAGAGGACCGUCAGAUACCACACUCAUGCAGAAUUCAUAUUGCGCGUCAGACGUCAGGGACACCCGGAUCUCACGAUAGGGCGGAGAUAUGGCGCCUUUCAGUCAUUACAUCGACAGCUGCGAAACGAACUUCCCGGUAAGGUUUUGCCGCCUGUUCCCCGCAAGAUGAAGGCUUCCCAAGCCACUACAUCCGGAUAUCUUUCCGCUGCAGGCAUCACCAGCGAUGAUGCUUCCUCGAUUUCGUCGUUCGAGAGCGAAGGGUCCACAUCCACAUCCACCGGUGGCUCCACGAGGGCCCCGACGCCCCAGCCAGGCCACAAGAAAUCGAGCUCGCUGGGCAAUGCCUUGGGAUUCGGUAGCUUUAUUUCUCGCAAUCCUUCCAGGUCAUCCCUUGCGGAGCCCAGGGACCAACCCAUCAAGCUUUGGCGCGAGAAUCAGCGUGUCAGCCUUCGGGCCUUCAUCAGACAGCUCUUGGAAGAUAAGCAGGUCGCCAACAGUGAAGCGAUGACGGCGUUCCUCAUCAAGAAUCCCAUCAAGCUCAACGAGGAGGAACAGUUGGAUGUGGACCGGAGGCGCGCCAUGGAUGAGAUCCGGCUCGAAGAACAGAGAAAGUUCUACGAGGUUGCCCGACAGAGGGCACGUGAACUAGAUGUCUACAUGGAAAGCUUUAGGAAAGAUAUUGUCGAGAGCAAUGGCCUCACCAAGCUGUUUAGUGAGAUCCGCAAAAAGGACAAACUUGCGGAUCUUGAUAUCCAAUACCGAAAAUUCGCCGAGUGGCUGCGGAUAGAGGUUGCGGCUACCAUCUACCAUCUAUUCCUUGCUGAGGACAACUCCGCCGAACUCUUCACACAAGGAAAGAGGAUUCAUUCCCUCAUUCCGUACACGAUUCUCAAGAAUGUCAUCAGGAUUGCAAAUCCAGCUGCCGUCAUGAGUGGUGUUCUCGACCUAUUCCUUGCCACACCUUUCAAGAGCCGAUCGCUGAUGCAGCGCGUGUUAUCCAUGGCCAUCGGUGACGGAAUCAAGCAUAUCCAGAAGAGUGUGGACUCGUUGAUCGAGAAGAUCGACGAUCCUAUCCUUUGCGAGAAGCUCAAGGCGUUCACUAGGGCCGACGAAGAGGUCAAGGAUGCCAUCAGAUUACAAGCCGCAGAAGAGAGAAACGACUUGGUGGUUGUGAUACUCCAGAGUGAGGAGAUCGGAGCGGAACUACAACCCAAGCAGAUCGAGAAGGUUUUCAAUUCCUACGUUGGAUACACGCAAGCCGUGGAUAACAUACACGAUGAGAUCAAGAGCAAUGCUCAGUACUUUGCCUACCUGAAGCAGCUCCUGAAGCUUUACACCAGGCAGAGGGAUAAGGAAAUGAUGCAAGCGAUGAUCGAAGAGCCGGUCACCUUGCAAUUGUUCCGUGAUCUCUUCACUAUCUUCUACGAGCCGCUCAUUCGGGUGUACAAGUCGGCAAACGUGUACAACUCGGUAACGGAUUUUGCCGUCUUCAUAGACGACAUGAUCGUCGUGAUCGAAAAAGCGCAGUCACAGGAGAUGACUACGGACCCCAAUCAAACAGUCCAGUCCUUCAUCGACCUGUGUGCCAGGCACGAAGACAACUUCUACAAGUUUGUCCACGAAGUGCACAUUCAUGAUGAUGGCCUAUUCGAUAAGUUGAUGGGAUGGUUGGAGGAAAUUUUGGUUUUCUUGCGACGUGGUCCCCAAGGAGGCGGCAAGCUGGACAUGAACCUCCUAUUCGAGCAGGCAGUCAAGGCUGGAACCAUCGACGGUGAGAAGGCGAAGGCCGAAAUCGAUUCCUUGAUCGACUGGCAAGCAAGACGCAGAAAGUGGCAUCAAGACAAGACCCGGCAGAAGAUGGCCAGCGGUGACGCGGCCAAUUCGAAGAGCAGGGACGGCUGGACGGCUACGGCGCCUGGCGGGCUGAGUCCCAAGGACUUUGGAAUUGCCGAUGACGAUUUGGCUUCUCUAGCGGAUGAGGACUAUUACACCGAUUCCGAAGCGGAGGAAGAUGAUAAUACGGGUGAUGUGAUCGCAACUGAACGCAAAAGACGGAAGCGUCAUGCCGAUCAUCUCAAAGCACGGUCAGGCGAGCCGCAAAAGCCGGUCGUUCAUGAGAUUGUCAAGCUUGGACCCGACUUUUUGAAUGCGCUCAGAAUGGUUUUGGCAGAUUAAAUGGUUGCAUGGGGGCUUUGGGAGUUAUCCCCGUACGUUUUUUGUUUAUGGAUUUUUCGUUUUCAGUUGGACACGACGGUUUUCUCUUUGAGCAACAUAAUACUGGGGUGUUUUUUCGCCGGCGUUGAAAUGGCUUGUAGAGACUUCUCGUUUUUUUCCUUCUGCUUUUUGUUUGGCAUGAUAUGGGAUCUGAGUAGCAGCAGCCUCGAUCUGUAGAUAAGACCCACUGCCGUGAAAUAAUUAUUUGCUCAUUAUGGCUUCCUCUUGUAUCGUAGUCUGAACGAGAAGGCAGGCAUUGAUGCCGUAUAUCCUGCU